AUUGGAAUUGAGGACUUGCGUCUUGUUGCUUCAAAAAUGUCCGUAAUUUAUCUGCUGUGCAUUAUUGCGUCGCAAAUGACAGUUGUAUUGUCCAAUGCAGGGAAUAUUUGGACGUACAGAGGUUCACUAGGCCCUGACCACUGGCACAUUGAUUAUCCUCACUGCGGGGGCACACACCAGUCUCCAAUCGACCUGCAGACCCGAGAUGCGGUCGUGGACCCGACUCAUCUGUCCCCGAUCGUCUUCUACGGCUAUGACCGUGUCUCUAACCUCAACUAUACCCUAGAGAACAACGGCCACACUGUUCAGAUUGGUUUGAACGAAAAAACGAUGAUGAUCUCUGGUGGAGGCUUGAGUGACACGUACAUUGCCGAGCAGUUCCACUUCCACUGGGGAGCCGUGGACGAGCGGGGUUCGGAGCACUCCCUCAAUGGUCGCUACUUUCCCAUGGAGAUGCACAUCGUCCAUUACAACAAGAAGUACGGUAAUAUCUCCUCCUCUGUUGACAAAGCGGAUGGUCUGGCAGUGCUCGGCUUCUUCUUUGAGGUUGGCCGAUUCAACUUCCAUUUUCAAGAAAUCAUCAAUAAUUUUGGCGAUAUUCAGUACAAAGAUGAGAAAGUCCAGAUACACUCCAUCCCCAUGAUAGACCUGAUGCCCGCCCGUCUAGCCAACUACUACCGCUACGUCGGUAGUCUGACCACGCCCCCUUGCUAUGAAAGUGUCACGUGGACCAUUUUUAAUGAAACCAUUGAGAUAGCAGAAGAGCAGUUGGUACAAUUCCGUACAACAAUCUUCGAAAACGACAAAAGCGACGGCGGCGUUUCGAUGGACUUAUCCGACGACUACCGACCCGUCCAGUGCAUGUUCCGACGCCGGCUGUAUGCCAGCCAUCCAUCCCUGAAAUACAAUGCGGCUACCCAAAAUGUCAUGGUAGUCGGAGACGGAAAUAGCGCCGCCUCAAACGAACCGCACCGUAUAAGCCUCUUUUUUAUGUGUUCCGCCUGGUUAUGGUUUUUACAAUUAUUCUUCUCUCUAUGAAAAUGCAAAGUGUUUUUGUGUAUACUUAACGUCUAAUUGGAAUUUUUUUGACCUCAGUAGUUUGCUUUUAGUAGAAAUAAGAUGUGGCGUGUAUUCAACAAUUACUUUCUAUGGAAAAACACAAUAUGUGCACUCAAAUACCGUUUGUUAAUUAAAUAAUGCGGCAAUAAGUAUCUGCAACUAAUCUUUUCAAUGUUCGUGUUUAUACAUUGCGUCUCUGUAAUUGAACUUUCUGUGAAUAUUUUCUUAAAGUUUUCAUGCUUCAAAAUAAGAUAACAAUACAAAGCUGACUUGUGUACGUCGAAAUCAUAAAACAUAAGUAUACUAUACUAUAAAGACCAUAACACAAGGCAGAGGUGGACCGGGCUUCUAUAAUUGACCCACGGCUGUUCGGCACUUUGCCCGAGUGCCAAUCAAUAUCCGCAGGGGGCCGAGUAUAGACGUGCGGCCCAGCCCUGUCGUGUGUUAUCCUUAUAUAACAUUAACUCCUUUUUUGUUUAUUCACUAAAAUUGAUUACCGAACCAGCUCUGUGUUUCAUUUAAUUGAUUACACUAUAUAUGGAUUUUAGGUACAAUAAUUCGGACGUGUUGGUUAAGUUAACAGUAAAAUAUUGUUAAAAAGGCAUUGAAUCGAAAACGUAAUUCGAAUUGCGUGCUUGUCAUGCAUGUUUGGAAACUUCGAUAAAAAUACGAUAUAUUGCUAGGGUAGAGGUAGAGACAUUUUCCACUUCACUUACUGAAUGAUUUGUACAUAACUUCUUUUAUCAUUUAGAUUACUUAAGAUAUAUAGCAUAUGCAUAUUUUUUCAUCUCUGAUUGCAUAACACUAUUAAGUGUUAUUUUUCAGUCUUCCUAUGCAUUUUUUUGUUUACAAUAUUGCAAUAAAAUGUGCUCGAACAUUCGAUAUCGCACAUCAUGGUUUUUGUUGAAGUGGUGAGCAGUCGUUGCAAAUUUUUCCAAAACACCUUCGUGAUAUGUAAAAUAAAUUUAGAUAUAUGGAUGUAUUUAAAAUAAGUUAAGCUAAUGGAAGAAAGAACAGAAAAUUGAAGUUCAUAUAGUUGAAAUUAAAAUUUAAUCAGCAUUGGAUUUAAGUUGUUAUUGAGCUACGUGUGUCUUUUUAGAUAAUACAUUUGGUUUGUUGCUGACUCCUAUAAAAGUAAAAUAGUUUCAUCAAUGUAAUAUACCAUACAGUUUCAGUCGAAAUCGAUAUUAUCACAAUCGUGUGCUACGUAUAAGUAUCAUUCUGUUAUUUUUUUCCCAUUUAUUUGUGGCUAAAUUGUAUUAACCAUAGCUGGCUAAGACUCAACGUGGACGGUAUGUAAUACUAGAACUUACCAGUUCGACAUAUUGCAUGAUUUAUCGUUUGCCAACCGUUGUGUACACACCGGUCUUACUGACAAAAACAUAGUGACGUCACCAUCUAUGUAUAGAAUGGUUUGCUAACCUUUUAAAGUUGCAAACAAGCUAUGUAGAAUUGGAAGAAGGCAGUCUGUUUGAUAUAUUGAAUACGUUCAUUUGUGUGAAGUGAAUUAAACAUAAGCAGCUAUGAACGUCAAACUACACCUGUAGGCGAGAACUCUAUGAAAGAUCCCAGCCUAUGGUCUCUCUUGUAUAUGUUUGUCCAUUUCGCAACCGUAACCGUGUAUAGACCGUAUCCACAUAUAUUCAGAUGUGUAAUGGUGUACUAUUAUAUAUAUGAUAACUUGUCAAAAUAUACAUGCAUGUGAUGUAAGUUUAUUUCCUUAUGAUCAUAUUUCCAAAAAACUGUUAAGAUUUCUGUGUGUGUGUGUGUGUGUGUGUGUGUGUGUGUGUGUGUGUGUGUGUGUGUGUGUGUGUGUGUGUGUGUGUGUGUGUGUGUGUGUGUGUGUGUGUGUGUGUGUGUGUGUGUGUAAUUUUAGACUAUUAAUUAUUAGUUAAGCGUUAUUGCAAAUAUUUUCAAUCAAACAAAUUCAUUGUGAAAUAAAUAGUUUAAUUAUGUUAUGCUCAGUAUACUAGUAUUGAACAACUACGACGGGGCGCCAAUAUUGCAUCAUGAGUAAAACAUAGUAAUAAGGUCAGGCAUGUAUGCGCAAUGAUUGAUACCUUUAUUGGCGUCGCACUGAAGGGCGGCGACUCGUGUGUAAUACGUUUUUUUUUCGCUUAUGGGAGGAGAAUUUAUUUUACGGAUCAAUGUACAUAUUUUUGUUGUCAGAAUAUCUUGCAUAGUGGUGAUUUUUUGUGUAAAUUAGUGUAAAUAAGUACUGCAUUUGUGCCUAUUACAUUUACUACAACAUUUAUUGCCAAUAAUGCAAGGCUAAUUCUUUUUGUAAAUAACUGAUAACAGGGACUAGGCAAUACUAAAAGAUAACAAGGACUGGGCAAAUACGCGAACCGGUGAAACUGUCUGGUUUUGUAUAAAAACAAAACAUGAUCAAAAUAUAUUUAUUUUGGUUUUUUCUAACAAUAGCGCAGACUUUUGCUGUUCGAGUUUUGGUUAACGCGUAUUUUCUUCAAUGUUAAAAGACGACAGCAAUUACACGGUUUAUUGCUUUAUUGAUAACCGUUACACUACAGUCACUUAUUAAUAUCUUAGUAAGAAGGUGAUUUUUCAAGCGGUUCCGUAGUGUAGUGGUUACACGCUCGCUUCACAUGUGAGAGGCCCAAGGUUCGAGCCCCAGUAGAAUCAAAUUAGUUUAUUUGUGUUCUAUGUUAACUUUUUGUUUUGAUGUAGACAUUUUAGUUUAAAUAAAUAUGCUGUUUUAUUGUAACCAUUUUUUGUUUUUAUUAUGCCCAUGAAAUAUAUGUGUGAGAGGAUGGGGGGGGGGGGUCGUAAACACAUUAAAACGUUUACAGUGUUUUCAUAUCAUUGAGUACUC